CAAUUUAGAAAAAGCCUCUAUACAAUCCACCAACAUAUAUAUUAUUCUUAACUUUUGCCAAGUUUUAAUCUUUGAUUUGAUCCGAUUAUUUCAAGUUCAACAAAAGCAAACCUUGAAAUCCAGACAGAUCUUGUGAUGUUUGUCCAUGUCCUUUUUGGCCCUUUUCAUUUGGCAACUUUUUAAUUCAUCCUUUGCCCCUCCAUUUUUUUUUUUCUAACAAAGCCAUCGGAAUAUGCGCUUGCUCAAGCCUUUUUUUUUUUUUUUUUCGUACAAAAUUUUCCCCUAUAUUGAUUUUUUGAUCCAGAAAAAAGUACAACCCAGUCAAUAACAUUAAAAGAUCUCAACCGUUGAUCAAAAACCAAUCAAAAUCCCAAGGGCCCACCAUACCUUAAUUACCAAGUACCAGAGGUUUAAUUCUGUUGUCACCUUCAUUAGCCCAAUGCUUUACGCACAAGCUUAUCGGUUAACACGAGAUUAUCAAUUCAUUUUUACUAAUAAGUACUCUCAACAUUCCACCUUAAUGCUAGUUCACUAAGGGCAUUCAUGUCAUUAAACGCAUCAAAAUCCUCACUGGGCCAAAAUCAGAACAUCGAAAGAAGAACCGAGGCCUACGCCGGAUUCCAUUCUCCUCCGUCGCCAUGUGACCUGUCUGUCUGAACCUCUCUUUCUCUCUCUCUCUCUUUUUUUUUUUUUAUAAAUUUUUCAUUGAUGAAAGCUGAACCCAACCAGACCUGUUAUGAAAUAAGAUAAACAACAUUUGUUCAAAUUUUUGGUGCAAAAACGAAGUGCCAACCAACCUGUAUCUAUCCAUCUUUUAAUCACUGUAUCUUGAUUUCCACUUCAUCAUCAAAACCAGAAACCGAAAACCCCAUCUCAACUGCUUUAGCUUUAGCCAAAGAUAAGCCGUUUGAUCUUCCUCUGGGAAACAAUCUUCUGUUGCAGCUUUUUGUCUUUUCUGUGUUUCCUGGUGGUGUUUUUAUUUUAAAUUAGAUGAUGGCUUCAGAACUGCAAAAACCCACCAAGAAAAACAGAGGGUUCUAUGUUAAGAUGAGGAUAUUACACAAAGGCAGGCAACCUGAAAAAAGCCUCUUUUUCAAAUACUACAAAUGGGUUCUUUGGUUUUCUUUUACCCUCUAUUUUCUAACCUCUUUCUUCAUUGGUAACAAAUCAAUCUCUUUGUCAAAAUCCCGUGUUUCUGGUUCCAAAUCCUCCCUAGCUUCUCGUGUACUGUUUGAAUCUGUUAACAAAACUAGUCAUAAAUCCAAACCCAAAAACCCAGCUUCCUUCAAAGACUUGAAGAUAUUCAUCUACGAGUUGCCGUCAGAAUACAAUGAAGACUGGCUUUCCAACAAGCGAUGCAGCAACCACUUGUUUGCCUCGGAGGUGGCCAUUCAUAGAGCUUUGAUGAACACGUACAACUUGAGAACAUUUGAUCCUUACGAAGCUGAUUUCUUUUUCGUCCCUGUUUAUGUCUCCUGUAACUUUAGCACGGUCAAUGGUUUCCCUGCCAUUGGCCACGCUCGCUCUCUUUUAUCCUCCGCUAUACAACUUAUCUCCACAAACUACCCUUUCUGGAACCGCUCCCAAGGUUCGGACCACAUCUUUGUUGCCUCCCAUGAUUAUGGAGCCUGCUUCCACGCCAUGGAGGAUAGAGCAAUUGAUGAUGGGAUUCCAGAGUUUUUGAAAAACUCAAUAAUAUUACAAACUUUUGGGGUUAAUUACAAGCACCCUUGUCAAGACGUUGAAAAUGUUCUUAUACCGCCUUAUAUCGCACCGGAAAGUGUAAGGAAGACCCUCGAGAAAGCUCCGUUGACCGGGAACCGAGACAUCAUGGUCUUUUUCAGGGGAAAAAUGGAGGUCCACCCCAAAAACAUUAGUGGAAAAUUUUAUAGCAAGAGGGUGAGGACAGAAAUUUGGCGGAGGUAUAACGGAGACCGGAGGUUUUACUUGCAGAGGCAUAGAUUCGCCGGUUUCCAGUCAGAGAUUGUACGGUCGGUUUUUUGUUUGUGUCCACUUGGGUGGGCCCCUUGGAGUCCAAGGCUUGUUGAGUCCGUGGCUUUGGGCUGCGUUCCGGUGAUUAUAGCGGACGGAAUUCGGUUGCCAUUUCCCUCCGCUGUGAAGUGGUCCGAGAUUUCCCUCACGGUGGCGGAAAGGGACGUGGGAAAGUUGGGUAUGAUCUUGGAACACGUGGCGGCGACCAAUUUGUCUACCAUUCAGAGGAACUUAUGGGACCCGGCAGUCACGCGGGCCCUACUGUUCAAUGAUCAUAUGCAAAAAGGGGAUGCCACAUGGCAGGUUCUCGACUCGCUCUACCAUAAACUAGACCGAUCGUACAGCAGGUCAAGGGUUUCAAGCCAAUAGGAAGAGAACACGUCGGAUAAGUUAAUAUUUUGGGCGAUUGAGUUGCCAGCUAAGGAGGUGCUCUUCCAACGCGGUGCAGGUGAAUGGGUUUUUUAAUGGAGGACAGCUGGGCUGGUCGCUUGGAUCGCCGGUGUCGGAAGGGAUGGAAUUUUAGUAUUUUAUACGGUCGCUGGGCCCACAUAAAGCAUAAGAUUUUUUUUUUCGGGAUUUUUGCGGGAAAUACCAUAAUAAUUAUAUAUAAAAUGGCCUUUGUAUAAUAUGAAAAAGAGAGGGAAAUAGGUUUUUUGGUAAAUAAUACCCAUGAAAUAGUUGUAGGGACAUGACAAGACAACGUAUCUGGCUUUGUACAUAAGUAUAUGUUUUUUCAAAGUGAUUUAGAUUUGGAUCCAUGUUCAAGUUUUGAGCUGUGUUUUGGAACUUGUUGCAACUGGUUUCCGGUUUUUUUUUUUUUUUUUUAUGGGCAUCUUUGAGAUGCACAAAUCAUGUAAAGUUUUAAAAAGUAUAUGGCCUGAAUAGAAUAAUGAGAUUGAAAAUUUAGCUUUUGGUCUGGGGAAAAGGGGAUUGUCAUGCAAAUGGCU